AUGGUCUUGCAGCUUCUUCAAGGAAGGCUCGUCCGCUUCUUCGACGGAGAUGAGGCCGAGAACGCGGAUCCGCUGUUAGACGUCGUGCACCAGUACCCAGAGGAAGCCGCCUGGUUCAUCAAGGUGGUCAUGUUCUUCGGCUCGAUCUCGGGCCUGGUGAUCUCCAUUCCUUGCUCCAUCUUUCUAGCCAUGUUCUGGACCCCUUGCGGGCUCUGCAACCGGCCCUUGCGCUACUGGAUCCUGGUGCACUGCGCCUUGCAGCUGCUCCAGGCUCCCGUGCGCCUGGUGUUUUUCUUGCGGCUUUGCCACGUCCAGCGAAUCAACGGGAACAUCCAGGAGUGUGUGCGACAGCUGACUCACAGCUCGGCCUGGCGGACCAGCAAGGUUGUGUCCAUCGUGACCUACGGAUGGUUCAUCCUGGGCGUGGUGUGGCUGCUGAACUCGACCCACUGCAAGUCCUGCCCAGGCCUGUACCGGCUGUCGCUCGCGGUGAUCUUCGCCGCGGUGGCGCGGCUGCUGAUGACGCUCAUCGUCUUCUACCACUCCUUCCCGCCGCGGCUCCAGGGCCAGCAGCCUCCGAAGCCCAAGGGGGCCAACCAGGAGCUGAUCGACUCCCUGCCGCUCAUGGUCUACUCCCCGGAGCGCUCCACCGACCAGAGCUGCGCAGUGUGCCUCAGCGAGUUCGACAAGGACGCAGUGCUGCGGCGCCUCCCUUGCGCCCACAGCUUUCACCGGAACUGCAUCGACAAGUGGCUGAGGCGGAACAAGGUGUGCCCACUCUGCCUACAAGACAUUGAGGUCCCAGCGUCGCCGAAGGGCCGUUGGGGCAAGAAGACCAUCUGA